ACACAGAGCAGUGCACGCAAGGUAGGACAGCGGUCAAGACUUGCACUCAACAAAUCCCUUGCGCUCUCAUUUUCUAUAAGUUAUGACGAGGAGUUGUUAUUGGGAAGACCCAAAAUUUCUGUUAGCAGUUUCUUUCUUUGGGUGAACGAAAAGAGAACAUUUUUAGACACUGAAAGGGUUUGCAGAACACGAAAGGAGAAGCUUUUAGAUACUGAAAGGAUUUGGAGGACCCAAACUUAUUAUGAUGGGAGGAUUCAGGGGCCUGUGCUGUUGUAUGUUGGUUGGGUUGGUGAUAUUGGUUGCUGUAGCUCCUGGUCAUGUGCAGGGAUGGGGAAAGGAAGGACAUUAUUCUACGUGCAAGAUUGCAGAGCCAUUUUUGAGUAAAAAUACUUGGAAAGCAGUGAAUGAUAUACUUCCUCAUUAUGCACAAAAUGACCUUGCAUCUCUUUGUUCAUGGGCGGAUCACAUGCGAUUUAGAUAUCAUUGGGCCAACUCACUACAUUUCAUUGACACACCAGAUGAUAAGUGUGGAUAUGACUAUUCAAGGGAUUGUCAUGAUGAACAUGGAGUAGAGGGGAUGUGUCUUGAAGGAGCCAUAAAAAAUUAUACCUCUCAACUUGCAACUUAUGGACAUAAGUCUCGUGGGAAGCAAUAUAAUUUAACAGAGGCUUUAUUAUUUCUAUCUCAUUUUACGGGAGACAUUCAUCAGCCUUUACAUGUGGGAUUCACAUCAGAUAGAGGAGGAAAUUCAAUUAAUUUACAUUGGUAUCGUCGAAAAAGUAAUUUGCAUCAUGUUUGGGACAGUGGGAUCAUUGAGACAGCCAUGAAAGAUUUUUAUGACAAUGAUCUUGAAGUUAUGAUAGAAGAUGUUCAAAAAAAUAUUACUGAAAUUUGGUCAAAGGAUGUAACUACUUGGGAACAGUGUGACACAAAUGAUCUUGUUUGUCCUAAAUUGUAUGCAGAUGAGAGCAUCAUUCUUGCUUGCAAGUGGGCUUACAAAGAUGUUGAGGAAGACAAUGUUUUGGAAGAUGACUAUUUCCUCUCACGUCUACCCAUUGUCGAGAGUCAACUUGCAAAAGGAGGCAUAAGAUUGGCUGCAACACUCAAUCGUAUCUUUGAUUCAAAAAUGGACCACAUUGUACAUUCAGAGUUGUAAAAUAAAUUAUGUUGUACAACAACUAAAAAUAAUAGUUAUGUAAUAUAGGUAGAACAUAACUAUCGUUGCAUAUGCAUAACUAAAGCAUAUAUCAUAAUAUUUUUUGAACUUCCACAACAUACAAUAUUUUGAUGGUGUGCUUGUGGAAUCAUCAAAUGUAAUUGUAUAUGACAAAUAUAAUUCCAUAAUAAAAUGUUUCACACUAGUUAGUUUAAA